GAAAAAACGGCCGUUUGUUCAGUUGCCCCGGCUCACGCGAGAACUCCUGAGGGAGAAACAUCCCCUCAAUAUCAUGGACCACAGCAUCCCGGAGUCGGCCACUACCACGACCCCAUGCGGACACACGCCCGACAUCAAGAUGGAGAUCUUCCGCAAAGUGCGCGCAUUCGGCUUCCGCGACGCGUCCGGGGUACUUGAUACGCUUCAGUCGGUGCAGAGGGGAGCGGGGACUCUCCCUUGCAGAUCUAAAGGGAAGAUGCCUUCCACGAUAUCGGCGGACGAAGUGGCUCUUUUCUUCUUAGCUGUACUUGCUCUGGCCCUUUUCUGGCUGCCCUUCCGUUCGAAAGCCUCGCGGCAGCCGCGUAGGGAAACGAGAGAGCGUCUGAAAAAGGCGGAUCCCCUCGAUGUCAUGGACCAUUCCAUUCCCGAGUCGGCCACCACGACGCCUUACGGACACACGCCCGAUGUCAAGAUGGAGAUAUUCCGUAAGGUGCGUGCAUUCGGUUUCCGCGACGUGGCUGUCGUCGGCCACUACUACGGAUCUAUGCCGCGCGUGGAAGAUCAAUUCAGCCAGCUGCUGCGGGCAGAGGAGCCUCGGAUGAGCGGCUGCUGGUUCAUGCUGUCAGCUGGUGAGCAGGGCGGCACUGCAGACAGUGCAGCGUAACAUUGGCCCGCUUGUGUUCGAUUUGUGUCAGGCGAUGAAGACGCGUUGGCGAGGCUGGAUGCAUCUGGCGUCCCCAAUGUGAUGCUGGACUACACAUUCAGCAACCCCCGCACAGGCACCAGCUCACUCGACAGCCUCAAGGCCACCAUCGCCCGCAUUCAGGAGUACUUCAAGAAGCUCGACAGGGAAGUGAUCAUGUCCGCCAAUGCUGACGGUCUGCCUCACCUCGACCGUAUGGUCAGCCGGUCGGGCUACCAGCAUCUGAAGCGCAAUCACCUGUACAUCAACUUCGUGGAUCUGCUGGACUUCAAUGUCAGCAUGGAUGCGCCGAAAGUACAGGUGAGACAGCGCAUGAGCAACUAGAUACGGUGGAUUCUGCAGCCUUCGUUGUGUUGGUGCGCAGAAAGUGAUCGGUUACCUGAGGUCCAAGAGCAUUCCGAUUCUGAAAGGCAUCUGUUUUGAGGGCGCCAGGGGCAUCGCCUUCGCUGAUGAAUACGGCAAAGUGACUGAACGUCUCCGGUGAGUCCUGAAACGACUAAGCAGAGGCGCACCCGCUGCAUAUCUGUUCCUGCUGUUCUCAGGUCGUCGUUUCCUGCGAGUCGUUUCAAGCUGCUGGUGCACUCACACGCCGGGCCGCAUGGCGACAGCUCACAGGCGGUGGCAUUGGAGUGUGUGCGUCGAGGGGCGGACGGCAUCUGGGCGGGGUUUAUCCCUCAGGCCGCCCAGACAGGCCACAACUGCUCCUUGCAGUACCUGGGGUACCUGCACAGCUGCGGCAACAAACAGGUCCAAGAGUUCUACAAACUCAACACGGUAAGUAAUCAACUCGGCUCGUCACGAAGGCCUCAAUCAGGUCGCUGUCUGUCUUCGCCUGAGGUGGUUUGUCUUGCUGCAGGCCGCUGAGACGGCUCGUUCGCUGCACGAAUUGAGCUUCCCCGACGAACCCAUCCCGCCUGACUGCCCCAUGUUUGGCAGCAACUCCUACUCGUGGGUCCACACCGUCUUCAGACACGACCAACAGACACCGCAGGGGCUGCCUGCACGAGUGGUAUGUCGACAUGGAAGCGGGCCAUCAAGAUUACUUGUUUGGAUGCGUACAGGUUGGUGCGACAGAGAGCGCGCGGCUCGCUCCGAUGACGACCGAUGUGGACAUGCUCAUCGAGCGACUGGAUGGCCUCAUCGGCAACGAAUUUUCAUCGAUGCCGGCAUACAAGAAGGAAGGCUACGCCCAGGUCGUCUCGUUAACGAUUCAGCUGCUCCUGCGUGAGGGCUACCGGUGCAACUUCAACGAUCCGGACAACAUUAGAUACAUCUACCAACACGUGAGAAGAACCGCAAAGGGAGAAAGAACGCAGAAAAGCACAAGCGAGCCUUCGCUUUUUCCAGGUUCAUAAGGUCUACAGGGGACUUCCUGAGAGGAAUCUGCUCAUCAAUGAUGAGGGCUCGAUCAUAGAGCAGUCUCACAUGCCUUACCUGCGGGAUUGGCUGAGACGGCCGUCCGAAGACGUACGACUCUGGCUGCUCUAUAGGUGAGAUGAACGUGUGCGUAUCAAGGGUCGUACACGAAAGAAGUGUAUAUCUUGUCUCUUGGCCAGCUCGACACGUGACGUGGACAGCUUCAACAGCCUCAUCAGCAAGGUGGGAUCGACUCGUGGCCUACUCUUCGCCAUCAAGCACAACAACAAGAAGUUUGGCGUCUUCUUCGACGGGCCCCUCAACCAACCCAGCAAUCCGACAUCCACUAUGACGACCAGAGGCGACCUCUUCCUAUUUUCGCUCAGAGGCAGCUUUUCUCGGCCCACACAGAUCCAUCCACCGCAAGACAGACAGCGGGUGGACGUGGCCGGGAAGGACGGGGCUGUGCAGGGCAGCGGCAUGUGGUCCGGCAAGAUCGUGAUGGCAGGCGACUACCUCUGGCUGGGGUUCUCGUGGUCGUCCACCCCGUCCCCCUCCAUCCUCAGCUGUUGUCACGGGAUCCCCAAAAACAUCACACCACCAGGAUUCACCGGCAGGGAGGUGAAUGCGCUCACCUCCCAGACAGCCAAGCAGUUAAGGGGUGAAUACACUCUGGCAGGCAGCGGCUUCUUCACAGCUGACGUGAUUGAAGUGUAUCAGGUGGGUGCGAAAUACACACACAUCUGCACCACAGCGAUGACCCGUGUGAUGCAUCGUGUCUGUAGGUUGUGAGAGGCCGCGCCCCUGCCAUCAAUCGUGACUCCCUCCUGCCCCUGCCCGUCGACUUCCCCCGGCCUCUCUCUGCGAGUGCUCUGUCUUCGACUGAGAGGACAAACCGCACGGCAGCAUGAUCGACUGUCCACGGUGUGAUCUCUACAUGAGGAUGCCUCCUUGUCUUGUGAGAAUCGCAGUGCUUAUUGCAGUCGGGAUUACGUGCCCUUGGUGUUUGUAUGUUCCGUGUCGUGCUUUUCUAUCUGAGUCGUUCCUGUGCUUUGUGCAGCUGUCGAUGAGCAGCCGACAAAUUUGAUUUUUGGACAUGUGAAUGGACUUGGCAGACCUUUCUUGAUCGAGACGUUCGUCUGUCAUGCAGUCGGAUCGAAUGCAACAAAUACAUGUGCG